AUGACUGAGCAUGUUUUACAGCUGUUGCUUUCAUUGGUUAUGCUUCAACUGGUGCACUGCGUCAAUCCUGAUAAAUUGUUGAUUUCAUUCUUCUCUCAGAAAACCUCAAUCGCACAACAUGGCUAUCCCAUGGAGCUGCACAAAGUGAUUACCGAGGACGGUUACAUUUUAACCGUCACCCGAAUCCCCAACGCCGGAAAGACCUCCAUCCUCAUCAUGCACGGUCUAUUCGGAUGCUCGGUAGAUUACACUGCCCAGGGUCCCGGAAAGGCAUUGGCCUAUCUCGCCCAUGACGCCGGAUUCGACGUAUGGAUGGGGAACAACCGCGGCACAACCUACUCCAAGAUACAUGAAACCUUGGGUCUGAAGUCGCAAGCCUUUUGGCACUUCAGUUUUCACGAACUGGGCCUGUACGACCUGUCCGCAACCGUUGACUACGUUUUGAAGGUUUCCAAUCGGAGGAAGCUCCAAUACAUCGGUCACUCGCAAGGCUCGACCCAGUUCCUUGUUCUGACCACCCUUCGUCCCGAGUACAACGAUGUGUUCAUAAGCGCGCACCUCUCGGCACCGGUCGCUUACAUACACCACACAACUAGCCCAGCAGUCAUCCUAACCAAUCGUGCCGAAGAACUGGAAGCCGCAUCCCGACUCACCGGAGUUUACGAGCUCGGUGGUAGAGGACACGGCUCCUACGUAGACGCCAUCGUUCGAGCCAACCAACUCGGGUUCAUCCCCAUGGAUCUCAUCCUGAUCAACGUGUGGUACGUGAUGGGCUACCACGACUCCAUCAAUCGGACCAUCUUGCCCGAUUUGUUCCGGUACAGUCCCGCCGGUGGCUCUAUCUACCAGGUGCUGCACUACAUCCAGCUGUUCAACGCCCGUAAUUUCCAACAGUACGACUUCGGACCGGAGGAGAACCUCCUGCGAUAUGGGACAGUUCAACCUCCAAUGUAUCCGUUGCAUAAGGUCACAACCCCCGCGUACCUCUACUACAGCGAGGCGGACAACAUCAACCAUCCACCGGAUGUGGACGCCUUGGCCGAAAGGCUUCCGAAUUUGCGGCUGAAGUUCAAGAUACCGGACCGGCGCUGGAACCAUAUCGAUUUCUUGUAUGGGAGUAGGGCUGACCGACUAUACCAUAUGAUUCUAUCCGAAAUGGGUGAUCCAUAAUUGGACAUAGGUAUACGAC